AGCCCGGAUAUCUGUGGCGGUGGCUUUGGAGGUGGAUUCUUUGGCUGCGUGAGGACUCUAGAGUGGCACGAGAAGGGGCAAGGAAAAUUGGAAUAUUUCCUUAUCCUGGCAACACCCAACUCAUCUUGCUCUUGAGUACAGUAUCACGACCUGUCACCUAAUCGGUCAGUGAGUAAUCUACAGAAGAAACAGUAGACAGUCAUGCGUUCAAAACAGAACUAUGACGAAGCCAAGCUGUUUUAUGAAUACAUGAGGGAGAACUGGCCAGCACAGAAGCGGAUUCACGUUGAUGAAAUGCGAGAGCUACACAGAGCGUGGAUAUCAAAGGCAUAUCCCCAGUGUAGAAGUUGGCGGUCACUCCACGAGACCAUUAAGCGCUGCAAAGGAUUAAAAAGCCGCAAAAGAGGAAACUUCUCGCUGACCAGCGUGUGGUCAGAGCCUGGGCGGGUCUCUAGCGUUUCAAACUAUUUGCCUGGCCACAAUCAACCAAGAAACGUGCUGGAAAAGUCAGGAGUUGACUUUCAUCAAAUGCCUGGUUCCAACAGAUCAGUUUUGGACUCGAUAUUGUGGCUUUUUCGUCAAAACAGGAGGGAAUUGGAGCGAGACAAGUUCGACGUUGAAAUUUGUUGCAGCAGUGAAAAUGUGGGACAAACCGUAAAGACGAUCAAUUUGCAGGUCAUGUUGGAGGAUGGUAACGCAGACGCCAAGGAAGCAAGCACAGACAUACGAAUUACAAACAAGUCACUAUCUCGUCGUGUUCAGCUUCGAUCAUGUGGUUUGCUGCACAACAAUCGCUGCUUUACAAUCAAGGAUGACCAUAACGUUUCUCUCGGUCUUGGAGUAGUCGAUAUUGGUUGUGACGACGUCUACACUGUGAAGUGUUGCUUCAAGUCAGACGUAAUAGGAUGUUCUACUGAUCACUUAGCUUUUGCUUUAGCUGCUGUUGACAUCUCGGGGAGAGAACAAGUGUUUCAUAUUGUACGAAGGGUGAGAGGCAGGUGUACAACAAAUCUGAUUGAAGAGGUUCGAUCGAAGGAGCCAUAUGUCCGCAGGCGUGCGCCAAGACGCAGAUAUGGCCGUAACAUAGAACCAGGACAACAACUUGACCACGGUGAAAGGCUGUUACGGAUGGUGUUAAGAUUUGAAAAGUAUGGUACAGAGGACGUCGACAUGAUGAUGAGUAAUGGACAGCCUACGGAUGAACUGAUUGACAAACUAAGUUUGAAUCUUGAAAAAAACCACGCUGACGUAUUUCACCAUCUCUUAAAGGUAGAAGAGAUACAAAUGAAAAUCGACAUUCGGUACUAUGACAUGGAAGGUGUCACAAUGAACAAAGUACAACACUAUUUUGCCUUGAAGGUUCCCGGACUGGCAGAGAAAAGACCUUCACUUUUGAAAGGAGACAGACUGUAUGCUUCGUUGCCUGGUGUGGAAGACACCGAAUUUGAAGGCUACGUGCAUGCCGUACGUCAAGACGAAGUUUGGCUCAAGUUUAGCAGCAGAUUUCACGCUGAACUGUACAUGAAAGGAAUGAAAGUCAACAUCAGGUUCACAUUUAAUCGUCUUCCCUUGCAAUUGCAACAUCGAGCUUUGGACACUCAACUACCACAAGGUGUUCUCUUUCCAUCUCCACACACUGUCAGUACACAUCAUUCUCAAUCUCUGACGUCCAGUACUAAUGUCAGCUUCUAUGACCGCAACGUCGAGCACAAUGCAGAACAAAACGCGGCAGUGAAGCACAUUCUAUCAGGAAUAUCCCGUCCGGCACCGUACAUCAUCUUCGGUCCUCCUGGAACGGGAAAGACAAUGACGACAGUCGAAGCAAUCAGACAAGUUCUUCGUGUAUUGCGCGACAGCAGAGUGUUAGCUUGCGCUCCGUCUAAUAGUGCUGCUGAUCUCGUUUGCCAGCGACUGCUCAACAAUCCAGCCGUUAGCAAGAACGACAUUCUGAGAUUGAACGCGGUAUCUAGAGACGAGAGAGACAUUCCGCAAGACCUUACAUCAAAUUGCAAGUACGACCUGACUUUCGACGACCUGUUGAAGUAUCGAGUCGUUGUGUGUACUCUCGUGACGGCUGGAAAAAUUGUGUCGGCUGGUGUUCCUCGUGGUCACUUCACUCACGUUUUCAUUGACGAAUGUGGUCAUGCUGUUGAGCCAGAGUGUCUCAUACCGAUUUCCGGUCUCUUAGAUGCCAGUGAAGGUCAACUAGUUCUUGCUGGAGACCCUCAACAGCUUGGUCCUGUGUUGCGCUCUUCGCUAGCCAUAGAGCAUGGAUUGCAAGUGUCUUUGCUUGAGCGUCUCAUGAAGCGGGAGGUCUACCAACGCCAUGAUAAUCUGCCGUAUGAUUCUCGUGUUGUGACGAAGCUGCUGAAUAACUACCGCUCACAUCCUCGUAUUCUCGACUUGCCCAAUCGCUUGUUCUACGACGGCGAGUUGAUUGCAUCUGCCGACGUGGCCCUGCGCAGCAAAAUGUGUAGCUGGGAUGGUCUGGUGAGUCAAGGAUUUCCUCUGAUCUUUAAUGGGGUCGUCGGCGAGGAGAACCAAGAGGCCAACAGUCCCUCUUUCUUUAAUCCCGAGGAGAUCAAAGUGGCAUGCGACUAUCUGCAGAAGCUGAAAUCCACUCAAGGUUCAUGCAAGGUGGACAUGAAAAAAGACGUUGGCGUCAUCUCGCCAUAUCGCAAGCAGGUACAGAAACUUAGACGAUGCCUCGAGAAACUGCACAUUGAAGACGUGAAGGUUGGUUCAGUUGAAGAAUUCCAAGGCCAGGAGAGAACUGUCAUCAUCAUCACAACAGUUAGAAGCAAUGCUGAUCAUCUCGAGAUUGACAAGAAGUUUAAUCUCGGCUUCCUUAGAAAUCCUAAGAGGUUCAAUGUGGCAAUCACGAGAGCCAAGGCAUUGCUGAUCGUCAUUGGCAACCCAAAUGUCUUGAUCAGAGAUAAAUGCUGGAAACAGUUUUUGGAGUAUGUGAACGGCAACGGAGGGUACAAGGGAUGUCCUUUCCCAAGUGCCAAUCCAGAUGAUGACCCUGUAUUGGAGACUCUGCAGGAGCUGGAAUUGCACACGACAGAUGCGUACCAACCUGCUGCCGAAGAAGAAUCGCAAGUCCAACAACACAUUGAACCAGAGUGGAGAGCAGAGCAUUGAGAUCACAUCAGCACGAGGGCUUGUGUUUGAAAACCCAAUUAAGCUUUAGUGCUAUAUGUUGAAAUAAAGUGAAACACGAUUCUA